GUGCCACCGCCGCGCCACAGCCAUGCUGGACCUGCCCUUCCUGCCCUUCUGCGCCCUGCUGGGCUCCCUGGGCUUGCUGUGCAUGGCCAUGGUGGCCACCUGGUGCCAGCACUGGCGUGGGGGCUUCUCCCUGGAUGGCAGCACAAGGACAUUCAACUGGCACCCAGUGCUGAUGGUGACAGGGCUGGUGGUGCUCUACGGCGCAGCUGCCCUGGUGUACCGAAUUCCACGCUCCUGGAGCGGUCCCAAGCUUCCCUGGAAGUUGUUGCAUGGCGGGCUGGCACUGGGAGCCUUCAUCUUGUCUGUGCUGGGGCUGGUGGCUGUGUUCCGCUUCCAUGAUUCCCAGGGGACACCCAACAUGUACUCGCUGCACAGCUGGAUGGGGCUGGCCACUGUGCUGCUCUUCUCCUGCCAGGUGGGUGCUGUUCCAGCCCUCCCAGCACCCCCAGCNNNNCUCCGGGCACUCUAUAAGCCAAUCCAUGUGUUCUUCGGUUCCACCAUCCUCAUGUUGGCUGUGGCUUCCUCCCUGUCAGGAAUCAAUGAGAAGCUCUUCUUCAGCCUGAAGAACGGGACAAUGCAAUACAAGCUCCUGCCUGCCGAGGCUGUGUUUGCCAACACUCUGGGGCUCCUCAUCCUCCUUUUCGGGAUGCUGGUGCUGGGAGCUCUGGCCAGGCCGAGCUGGAAGCGCCCCGAGGCCAAUUCCCUGGAUUCCCGCCAGCCUCUGCUCUCCAGCGAGCACUGA